UUAGGUCUCAGAGGAGUGAAUGCUAAGCUAAAACUACUGGAAAUAAACUGUCCUUUGCACGAAACUGCUGUUAAAAUAUGAUAGAAAUCGGGAAUUCAUUAAUACUCAAAUAUCUUGACAUUUAACACGCGUGGAAGCAGCGAAACGAUGAUUAUAUAUGGCAAUAUAGCUGAAGGCUGCUCCUUGACAACCUGUUGAACGUUUGCAAUGAAGCCAAACAUUCAUUCAAAGGGUUUGUUAUAGCAGUCACAAAUGUUCAAAGACAACAGAGGGCUGGUAAAAGAUGUGGUCUCCUUGAGAAGUCAGCUGCGAUUAACUGAGAAAAACCUGCAGUCACUUGGAGAACAAUUGAGUCAAUCAGGAAAUAACAUCAUUGCUGAGGAUAAAGACAGGAGUGGAGCAGAUUGGUUCCCAGGCUGUCUCACUCUAGAGGACCUUCAUAAGCCUAAUACUGGAGGAUAUCCACACCUUGACAGAACAACAGAGCAGAGGGCAUGUGCUCAUAUAUCCACCUGUGACUGCAGGCCAGUCAGAGACAUGGAGACAGAGAUGUCUGUGCUCAGGAGGAAGGUCUACUCCAUCAGGCAAGAGAACACUUCUUUGGUCAUGGAGAACAAGCAGCUCAUCAGUGACCUAGAAGCUGCUCAGCUUGAGUUAUCCAGCUCAACGUCCAAGAUUCAUGUGUUGGGAUCCACUGUUGGAGCCAGAAUAUCCAAUGUGCCCCUCAUGAAGGAGCAAAUCUUGGGUUUAGAGAGAGAACUGGACACUCAAUCCAGAGCUUUAGAGUAUGCAGAGCAGAAGUUGGAAGCAAGUGAACAGACAGUGAUGCUGAGCAACAGGCUGGUGGAGAAGCUCAGAGAUGAGCUGAGAGUUGUUAAAGCCGAACUAGAAGAAAGAACACGUCUGGGGAAACGUGCGGAGCAGCAGAGAAACCAAGCGCUCCAAAAUGCAGAGAUGCUCACUCUCACCUUCAAGGACUACAAGGAGGAUGUGUCUGAAAAGCUCAGGAAGGUGAUGGAGAGUGAGGAUCAGCUUAAAGUUAGUCUCAUGGAGUGUGACAGGGAGAGAGAGGAGCUUGAGAGGAAAUGUGCUGAGCAGGAGAGAGAGAAGGAGAGUCUAUGUCAGAACAUAUGUGAGCUGAAGGAAGUUUACAGUCGAUCUGAGUGUCUCUCUACGGAGCGUGUGCAGCUGCUGUCUCAGGUGCAGCAGCUUUCAGAUCACCUGAAACAGCUGCAGAAGGAUCUGACUGAGAGGGAGGCACGUCUGCAGGAAGUAGCACGACUGAGGAGGGAGAACGAGGACCUGCGUCUCCUCACGGCCUGUCAGGAGCAGAGGGUGGCUCAAGCAAACAGAGAGAGAGAGCAGGACAGAGCAGAGCUGACCAGCCUAGAGAGCAUUCUGGACUUAUUACAUCUUAGAGAGAAUCGUGAUGGUGCGUUAUGUGUAAACCCCUGUCUACUGCCUUCUCAGUUCACCAGCACUAUUGAACACAAGAGUGGUGAGCGCUAUCAGAAGCUGUUGCCAGUGCUGCAGAUGGCUGAGCGAGAGAAGAGCAGGCAGGCCAGUGCCGCACAUGGUCUGCAGGAGAGACUGACCAGAGCUCAGGAAGAGAUCUCCUCCCUGCAGACCUCCAUCACUGAGAGAUCCUCUCACUACCAGCAGCUCCACAAUCAGCUCCUGAAUAAAGCUGCUCAAGCCACCUCCUUUGAGAAAGAGCUAAAAAAGAAGAGUUCACGUGUUGUCGUACUGGAGAAACAACUGCAGGAGAAGAGUGCAGCUUAUUCCCAGGCAGCAAUAAAGACCAACCAGCUUGAACAAGAGCUCUUGGAGAAGGCCCGCAGCAUUCAACACUACCAGUCAGUCUUGAACAAAAAACAGAGGGAAUAUCAUCAGACUAUAAAGAAGUCCAAGAUUGCACAAUCCCACAAAUGCAAAGAAAUGGAGGACAGAAUAGAGGUGCUGCAGUUGUCUCUGGUUCAGAAGCAGACUGAAAUUGAGGAGCUGGAGCAACAUGUGUCUGACAUUGAUGCAGAGAAGCUGGAGUCACAACAGAGAGCUGCUUUUCUGCAGACCACCAUAGAUCAGCUUACUGAGGAUUUCAAGGCAAAAUCUGAACACAGUGAAGAGACACAUAGAAAUAUUGUAGAGCAGGCUGCUGAGUCUGCUUCAAAGGUGAGGAGCCUACAGAAAGAACUGUCCUCCUGUAAAGAGGAGCUAUGUUGUCACCUGCAGCAGAUGGAGGAGGUGAAAAAAUAUCACGGGAAGCAGCUGGAGCUGAAGAACUGUGAGCUGUCAGAGCUGCAGGAAGAGUUGAGAAGGAAAUGUGUGGCUUUUCAAUGCUCCAGUGAGGAGAACCUACAGCUGCAGGACUCCAUUGAGAACCAGCACACCAUGCUGCAGGACAGCACGUCACGCAUUGCACAGCUGGAGGAGAGCCAGAGUCAGCUGCAGAGCCAGGUGUCCCAGUUGGAACAAGAGUUGGAGAAGGAGCGCACAUCCUUGUCUCAAGCCUUGAGGAGAAGGGAGAGAGAGGUGGAGGAGGCCACCCAGGAGGUACAGAAGAAAGAGAGACAGGCUGUGGAACUAUCCGACUCCAUAACGCAGCUGAGCUCAGAGAUGAGUAAGUGUCGAGUGGAGCUGUCAGACAUGGAGCUGGAGCUGUUGCAUCUGAGGAGAGACAUCAGCACUAAAGCAUCUCAGCUCAGUCAGAUGGAGGACACGCUCAAGGAGACCAAAGGCCUGCUGGAUAAAAAGAGUGAAAUGGUUAUAGACCUGGAAGAGAAGCUCCACCGCAGUGAUCUGGACAGGCGAAAUUUGCUGCAGCGGACACAGUUGCUGGAGGGACAGUUGCAGGAAGUGCGUGGAGAGCUGUCAGACACUCUGGACCACUUGCAGGAGCUGAGAGACAUGCUGAAGCAGACACAGCUGACUUCAGACCAGCAGCAAGCAGCCAUUGAUAAACUUGCUGCUGAGCUUAGAGAGAAUCAGAGGGAACUGGAGGAGAAGAAUCAUGAAGUGUUGGAUCUGGACACUGCACUGAAAGAGAGACAGGGGGAGCUACAGCAGAGAGCACAGCUGCUGGGCCAGUUGGAUGUGGCCAUUAAGGAACACAAGCUAGAGAUGGAUAAGAAGGUGGAAUAUCUACAGGAGGCUCUGGAGAAGAGCCAGAAAGAGCUGAGAGAGAAGGACGAGCAGAUGCAGUUCCUGACAAAGAGGCUGGAGAUGGUGCAAUCACAGCAGCAGGAUGGGGAAGAGGGGCUUAAGAAGGGUGCUGUAGAGCAUGGGCAACAGCUACGUGCAUAUCGUGAGCAGCUACAGAAAACUGUUAAGGAGCUCCAGGAGGCACACACACACUGUAACACUCUGACCAGACAGAUAGAGGAAGUCAGCCUGCAAGCACGUCAGAAGGAGUGUGAAGUUCAUCAGCUGCAAGAGGAGAUGGCUGCGAUGGAGAAGCGCUCUUCACAGGCAGAGGUCAGACGUCAGGCCACCGUUAAUGACCUACAACAACAACUUGAUCAGCAGAGAAAAGAGCACCACAAAGAGCUUUCAGCGCUGCAGCAGACACGUGGGCAGCUGCUGAAGGUCUCGGAUCAGAUCUCCAGCAGUCUGCGUAAUUCUCAGGAGCAGCUGACUCAGCGGCUACAGCAGGCUCAUGACCAACUCGAGGAGGCCAGAGCUACCUCUGCUUGCCUACAUGGCGAGCUUCGCAGCAAAGAACAGCUCCUGCAGUGUGCUAAUGAGAACCUGCUUAUCAAGGAGUCAGAGAUCACCCGUCUUCUGGCCAAGCUUUCUAGCUUUGAAAGAGCCACAGAAAUACAAAAUAUCACACUUUGUCACAAACCCCACACUCCUGCCCAUCGCUCUCCUCCUCUUAAAGACACUAUUCUUCAGAGCUCCCUGCCCCCCUCCCACAAAACCUCUUCUGCAUGCUCCAGCCUCUCUUCUUGGCACAACACUUUCUCUGACACCUCUCUGGAGCUUUCGGACAGUUUGAAAGCCAGUGUGCAGGCUGCACUGUUGCCACCCCCCUCCCCAGACCAAGCCUGGCAGGGUCUCACCACCAGUGAGGUCACCUCCACAACAGACAUGUCCUUUAAUCCACUCACGUACAUGCUGGACCAAGAGGAACCAGAGGAAUCGGACCUGGACACUCUCUCUGGUAUGCUGAGGUUUGUUAACCACACACUGGCGCUUCAAGAGCAGCAAUCCUUCUGCAACACCAGCACCCAGAAACAAGAAAUGAAUGAUUGAGGUUAAAGCUCUACGGGGGAUGUGUUCUAACUGAAGAACGGAUUAAGGAUUCAUUUUCCUGAAGUUAUCUCAGAUUAAACACUUGGUACCAAACAAGCUGAUCCUUUUGUAUUUUAUGUGAACUUCUAGAUGAUAAAUGUACAAAGCCUAAAUAUUACUUUAAACUCUGUUCAUCUCAGUGGAUCAGUUUUGUUUUGCUAAAACUAUUUGAACUUUUCCAGGCACACAAUCACGCUCUAAAUACUGUCUUAAUCUGUACUUGAAACUUGUUUUUGUAUUUAUGUAUUUUGUUAUACUUUUUAUAAUGCCAUUUUAUUAUAUUUCUGAUUUGAAUGAUUUAUAAUAAAUUAUGAUU